GAUUGAACCAAUAGGAUUCACCUUAAUUAAAUUUAAAUAACUUUCACAAGACAAAUGUGAUCGCCAUUGAAACACGUAAAUUAUUAGGGUUUAUGCCAUUUUUUACUCUUGUAUUAUUAGGAUUUGUUGUAAUUAUUGUUGAUAAAUGAAAGAUCCGGGAGGCUUAUAUUAGAAAGUGUUGGUUUGUUCAGUGUCAACAUGGAUACGCGUAAACGCGGUUUAAGGUCUGCGCCCCCGAAGGGGCACGAGUACGCAACUAAAAAGGAUGUUGCUGGAAGAAGGAGUUUUCCCCCGUGUCCCCCUUUGCCAGCCAAAGUUAACAGAAGGAUGAACAUGAGUCUAUUUCAACGGAAAAGUCCCGCUAAACCUGUCUCUUUCAAUCACCAAAUGAAUUUAAGCCCGCUGUAUGACCCUGACAAGGACCCCUGCUACUUUGACCAAAUUUUUGUCAAGGAAUCUGUAAUUGGGGAAGGUUCCUUUGGGGUUGUUUUUAAAGUGAAAUCGGAACAAGACGGCAAGUUUUACGCCGUGAAACAGCUGAAAUCGUCUCAUGCUUCGCACUAUGGCUACGCUGAAGUGGAAAAUUAUGAAAAAAUAGGGGAACACAACAAUUGUGUGAAGUUUAUUAUGGCUUGGGAAGAGCUGAAAAUUGUCCACAUUCAGAUGGAAUAUUGCGAUUUGAGUUUAGCCCAAUAUGCAGCUCUAACACAUAAAAUUGGAGAGUCGCAACUUUGGGAAAUACUCUACGACAUGUUGAAAGCGCUGGAUUACUUGCACAGUAAAAAUUUGAUACAUCUUGAUGUCAAACCUGGGAACAUUAUGAUGAGUCAGGGAUUUUACAAAUUGGCUGAUUUUGGGCUUCUUGUCGAUUUAAAUAAACAUGACGGGAAGAAAAUUUCAACCAUUUCCGAUGGAGAUGCCAAAUACCUCGCCUGUGAAGUUCUCGACGGUAUUUACACCUACUCCUGCGACAUUUUCGGCUUGGGAAUCAGUCUUUUGGAAUUGGCGACGAAUAUAGAAUUGCCCGAAUUUGGACCUUUGUGGCAUCAAAUUCGCAAACAAUACCUUCCGGCCUCUUUCUACGAUGGAGUAACAAAAUCUUUUGCCGUAACCAUCGAGAAAAUGAUGGCGAAAAUCCACUGGCAAAGGCCACAAGCCUCCAAACUUCUCAAAAAUACACAUUUGAAAAAAAUACAAAAGCAGGAUUCAAAGCAACCUAGGAAUGUUUAUUAUGAAGAGUUACCGCGUGAACCUUGCAUAGUGUUAUAUAAAAACAAUAAUAAUAAUGUGGAAACGCCACCGAAGUCAAACGAAAAAAUUCACGACAAUUUAAGUUGUGGAAGUUCGUGUCGGGAUUCACAUGAGAGGAUUUCACCAAAUCGUCGGUUAUUAUGUAGGGGAAAGCUGGCCUUUUGAGAACGAUUUAAUGACCUUUAACAGUUGUGAUAUUUCAAUAGUACUUAAGAAUAACUGGUCAAAAGACUGAAAAUACUGUUUUAAGGUGGUAAAGUAUUAUUAUUGUUUGGCGUUCAAUUGUUUUCAUUAUGCACACUUUGGUCGAUUGGGUUAUUUUUUGCAACUUUCUUAUCAGGUAAUGUUAACAUUGUAUUUUGGGUUGUUAUUUACGAAAGUUUCUUACAAAAAAAAUUAUGCAAUACUUUAUGUGAUGUAGUAAACUGUUGUGAUUGAGACUUAAUGGAUGAUAUAAUUGAAAAUAAUCAUUGUUUAAUACUUAACGUUCUUCCUAACACCAUUAAGUCUUAUUAUUAUAGAUUUGAAUAAAUAAUUUUUGCAAUUAUAUUGUAAUAUUUCAUGGAAAACGCGAGAUUGUUGCAACAAUUUUGGCGUUUGUAAUGUGAUCAUAAUUCUAUUCAUGUUUCUGAAUUGUUACAUUUUAAGAGAGUUUAUGUAAGUUUUUGUUAGAGUUGUGUGCUCUUGAUUUUACUCGUUACACAGUACUUUGUUUCCAGUUCAAUAAAAAAAAUAUUAAUCAUAGAUGUAUUUGACUGGCCAAACUACAACAAAGCAAUAACAAUUAAAUUAUUACAAUCAUAA